CCAAUUAUCAAAAAAAAAAAAUAAAAAAAAAUCGUGUUUUCUUCAUCCUUCCAUAGCAUCUCUACACUCGAACAGUCAAAAACACAAAAGAAAAUAAUCAUCCUCUUCCAUCGCUCAUUCUGCCGCCGCUGCCACUGCUAUUUCUCAUCCGCUUCUGCCAGUUCUACGUGUAUCCGCGGCCGCCGCUAGUGCUGUGUGUCCUUCCUGCUUCCAACUUCAUAAUUUUCUGUAUUCUCUAGGUUUGGUUUGUUGUGAAAGAACAUGGCGGAGAAGACCAAUUCAGUGAUCAUCUCUGAUACACCAUCCAAUUCUUCCCUUCUAAAUCCUCAAUGCCGUAUUGUCUGCCACGUCUGUCAUAAGCAAUUUUCGCAGUAUACUUGUCCACGAUGCAAUUCUCGCUAUUGUUCGCUUCACUGCUAUAAGUCACAUAGUACUCGGUGUACUGAAUCAUUUAUGCGAGAAAAUGUAGUGGAAGAGCUUAGGCAAACGAAGCCUGAUGAUGAAUCAAAGCGAAAAAUGAUGGAUAUAUUGAAAAGAUAUCAUUCUGAGGAAGAAAUGGAUAGCAUGGAGGAGGAUGAUUGUCUUCUAUCCGAGGAGACUAUUCAAAAGAUAUUAUCCGGAGAUUCAAUCUGUUAUGAAGAUUUAUCUGCAGAAGAGCAGAAACAGUUCCAAAGAACUGUGGCAUCUGGAGAACUUAGCAAGUUGAUCCAACCUUGGGAUCCAUGGUGGUUAAAGCCUUCUGCCAGAACAAUCUCUCUUAGCAAGGAAGGGACUCAGCUUAUCCAACCGCUAAGUAAGCAAGAAGUGCCAUUAUUGCAUGAAGAUCGUGCAGCUGAAGGGCAAUCUAGUGAGAUUCCACCUGGCCCCGAAGCCCCAUUAGUUCCAGUGGCAAAGCUUAUCUCCGCAGAACCAUCACCGCUCUUAGCAGUUCACUUGGUUGACAUUAUAUAUAGCUACUGUUUCACGUUACGGCUGUACAAUGGAGAUUGGCCAUCGGAUGCUAUAGGAUCAGCUAUGGUGGUGUUGAGUAUCUCCUCUGUCUUAGGCCAGGGCAGGCAGCCAGAAACAGUGACAGAAGUUGUGUCGUAUUGCUUAGAACAAACUUGCUCUCCAGAGUACAGACGAAUGGGGGGAUUGCAGUUCGGAUUGGGUAUCAUCAGUGAUGUGAUACAAAUAAUUUCACUGGGAGGUCCGGCCUUAAUAUGUGCUCUUUGCGAUUUGCAGAGACUGUUUCAGGCUGGGGAGAGGGAACUCAAAGCAGAAAGAUUAAAAAAGUCGACAAAGUCAGAAACGAGAAGCAAACUGAAACUUGGUGAGAGGAAGGUUUAUUUCAUGAUGUGCUGGGUGCACGAGCAGCCAAUGGAAGCUUGGCAUUCCUUAUCUGCCAUUUUAGAGACAGAAAAAAGCAAAGUCAUGGAUUAUUACAGUAGUAGCAACACCAUAAACUCUGCAGGGAAGAAGAAUAACCCUGAGAGUCGUGGUAAACUUUUUAUAGAAGAGAUAAAGUAAAACUUCAACCAUUACUGUAAGAUUAUGUUAUUGUAAAAACCCACUGUGACAAUUGUCUGUUUGUCAAAUGUGAAGGUUUCAUUAUUACCAGGUUA